AUGAAUUGGUAUAGGACAUUUUGUGAAGCAUAUCUACAAAAUAGUCGAUGUUGCCAUUGCCUUCUUACAGCUUGCAAAAGUACGUCAGCUGCUGAAGCGGUGGCAAGAAAUCGACAAAAAUUUUUACGCCUUCGGCCACCAAACGGUUUUAUUUCUGAACUGUCAUAUUUGGAGAAGAAGUUUUUAGCGAAAGUGCUCAAAGAAUUGGAGCAUUAUAUGUGGUUGAUGAGUGAUUCACCUUCUCGCAUCACUUCAGAUCAGUGGAUUGAGUUGUUACAGCUUCCUAAAGCUCCUACCAGGAUGCAUUACUUUCAUUGCUUAACUGAAAUGGAGGCAAAAGGUUCAAAAUCAGAUCAAAUGGAACAAACUGCUUGUCACGCAGAAGCGCCUUUCGACAGUAACCCUGUGAGGAAUUUUAAAAGGGAUUAUGUUUGGAAAGGUAGUAAAGGACUGAAGACAGUCAGGCUCAACAGAAAGCCACGUAUUGUUUUUGAUCUGCAGUAUGGAAGUGGAUUAAGAUCUGAAACUUCUGAAAUAACUGGUGAUAAAAUCUACAAUGCAAUCAGAGCAAACUUUGAAUACGCAGAACCGUUUUUGAUUACUUUGACAAAUACGGAUGUCUCGGAUUCCGAUAAUGCCAAUUUUUUAGAUUAUGCCAAGAAUGUUAUGAAAGGUCCAUUGGAUAAGGAUACUUACGUGAUUUGCUGUUCUUCUCACCCAAGAAUUGAGCAAUUAUUUCUUUCCUCCAAUAGAGGAAAAUACAACUUUUCAAGAUUACCUAUCAGAGAGUUUGCCAGGAAUCGCUAUCGUGUUUUUCCUCUAAAAACAGUUCUCAGGGUUUUUCAUGAGGUAUGUCUUAACAAUGGCGACUGGGAAGCAGCAGUCGUUGAUGUCUUUUCCAGGGAAGGGAAGGAAGAUGAUUGGGAUUUUGUUUAUAAACUGGAACGGAAAGAAAGGGCAAGUAUGGAUCAGAAGGAAGUGGCUAAACGGCGGUCCAAACUUAGUUUUCUGAUAGAAUCAGUGCUAGGCCAAAAAGCGCUUUAA